CAAACCAUCUUCAAUCUAUGUUCUCUCCAUUUCAAUUUCCCUUCUAUUCAUCCGUCUAACCCUAACCCAACAUCUCUUUCUUUUCACCCAAACUCUCAACCUAAACACCAUCAGAACCAUGAGUAAGAAUCCAAUUUUUAGCUCUGAAUUUGGUGGGUGACAACAUUUUCCACUCUUCUCUCUUCUUUUUGAUGAACCCAAGUUGUAUUACUCUUCAUUAAAAAAUUCAUUCAACCAAGGGAGUAGGGCAAAAAGCUAGAGUGGUUUCAGUUUUCUUAUUGUUUUUCUUUUUCUCUAGCCUUUUGUUUCCACUAUCCUUCGUCUUUUACAAGUAUCUCAACCUUUACGUUUUCCUACUUCCCCAUUCUUCGUCCCUAAUUUCUCACUUCUGUUUAUUUUUUAUGUGAGAGGAAGUAAGAUCGAUCUCUGGCGAACUGGUUAAAGAAUUAUAUAUAUAACCAAUUAUAAGGCAUAUGGAUCCUGUUACAGCGCAUGGACAUUCGCUACCUCCUCCUUUCCACACCAGAGAUUUUCAACUGCACCACCAUCAACAGCAGCAACAUCAAUUUCACCACCAACAGCAACAGAACUCAGAAGACGAACAAAGUGGCAGCAGCGGCGGCAUAAAUCGGGGUAUUAAAUUAGAUCGCGAUGAAAACAACACAAACAGUAGCGAUGGCAAAGAACUCAUCCAAGGUUCGGGUGAAGGAGAGAUGACAAGGAGACCACGGGGACGACCUGCUGGAUCAAAGAACAAGCCCAAGCCACCCAUCAUCAUCACUCGUGACAGCGCCAACGCUCUACGCACUCAUGUCAUGGAGAUAGCUGAUGGUUGUGAUAUUGUUGAGAGUGUUGCCACAUUUGCUGGGCGAAGACAAAGAGGGGUUUGCAUAUUAAGUGGCACUGGCACUGUAACGAAUGUAUCUCUUAGGCAACCAGCUUCACCUGGUGCAAUUGUGUCUUUACACGGUCGGUUUGAGAUAUUAUCACUAGCUGGUUCAUUCUUGCCACCACCAGCACCGCCAGCUGCUUCCGGGUUAACAAUUUAUUUAGCAGGUGGCCAAGGCCAAGUGGUUGGUGGAAGUGUUGUUGGGACACUUAUUAGUUCGGGUCCGGUGGUGAUUAUGGCUGCAUCUUUUAGUAAUGCUGCGUAUGAGAGGCUUCCUUUGGAAGAAGAAGACCCUCAGCUACCAAUGCAAGGGGGUUCUAUUGGGUCACCUGGAGGAGUAUCACAGCAGCAGCAACCACAGCAACAAGUUAUGGGUGAGCAAAAUGCACCAUUAUUUCAUGGGUUACCGCCGAAUCUCCUCAAUUCUAUUCAGUUACCAACUGAACCUUACUGGGCGACUGGUCGGCCUCCAUACUAGCUAGCAGAUUUGAUUGAAGGGUAAUACGUGUAUCAUUUAGUUGCGCACAAUCGAUCGAUCUCACCUUCAGGAACUUACAAGGAGUCGCAAUUUGUAGCUAGAGAAUUUGGUUUGUUGAGCAUUUCAGGUUUCUUAAAUUUCUCCUUUAGUAUUUGUUUCAGAUUUGAUAAUUAAGUAAUUAUAUGCUUGCAUGUUGCAUUGAAGGACUAUGUAAAUUCAUGGGUUCUUAGUGUGUGUGAUUUUAUGGAAA